AUGGCAGCCACUGAAAAUGCUGAAAUGAUUUUUUUUGACAGAAAUGACAAGCUAGGGCAAUCCUAUGGACAUACAUCUUGGAAUCAGUGUAAAGAAGUAUUCCUUUGUACUGCAGAAGGUAAUGUGAAUGUGAAAGAAGCAGAAACACACCACAAUGUUCAGAUCCAUGAAAAAUAUAGCAGUGAGGAGAAAUCCUAUGUAUGUCAGCAAUGUGGAAAAGGGUUCACCAAAUCUGGACAUUGUAAGCGACAUGAAAUAAUUCACACUGGAGUGAAACCAUAUGUAUGUAAGAAAUGUGGGAAAGCUUUUAACACACAGGCAAAUUGUAAAAUACAUGAAAGAAUUCACACUGCAGAGAAACCCUAUGUAUGUAAGCAAUGUGGGAAAGGUUUUACCCAUUAUGGAAAUUGUAAGCAACAUGAAAUAAUUCACACUGGAGAGAAACCGUAUGUAUGUAAGCAAUGUGGGAAAGCAUUUAACACACGGGGAUAUUUUAAGAAGCAUGAAAGAAUUCACACUGGAGAGAAACCCUAUGUAUGUAAGCAAUGUGGGAAAGGUUUUAACAGAUACAGACAGUGUAAGGAACAUGAAAGAAUUCACACUGGUGAGAAACCAUAUGUAUGUAAGCAAUGUGGGAAAGCUUUUACCCGACAUAGACAUUGUAAGCGACAUGAAAGAAUUCACACUGGAGAGAAACCCUAUAUAUGUAAGCAAUGUGGGAAAGCUUUUAACACACAGGCAGAUUGUAAAAGACAUGAAAGAAUUCACACUGGAGAGAAACCCUAUGUAUGUAAGCAAUGUGGGAAAGCUUUUACCACACAUAGAUAUUGUAAGGAACAUGAAAGAAUUCACACUGGAGAGAAACCCUAUGUAUGUAAGCAAUGUGGGAAAGCUUUUAACACACAUCGACAGUGUAAGGAACAUGAAAGAAUUCACACUGACCAGAAACCAUAUGUAUGUAAGAAAUGUGGGAAAGCUUUUACCCUAUAUAGACAUUGUAAGCAACAUGAAAGAGUUCACACUGGAGAGAAACCCUAUAUAUGUAAAGCCUAUAUAUGAAAGCUUUUACCCAACGUGGACAUUGUAAGCAACAUGAAAGUUCACCCUCAAGUUAAAACCAGUGUACAUAAGCCACAUGAGAAUUUUUUGAGCACAAGUACAUAUUGCAUAAUGCAUGAAAAGCUUCACACGGCAUAAAUCUUAUAUAUGUACUGAAUUUGGGAAAGGUUUCAGCAGAAAUGCUCAUUGUCCAAUAAAUAAAAUAUUUACACUGUUGAGAAACCCUGUUUAUGUGAAUAAUGUGGGAAAGCUUUCACCACACAUGGAUUUUGUAAAAUACAUCAAUGACUCCACACUGGUGAGAAACCCUAUGCAUAUAACAAUGUGGCAAAGCUUUUAACACACACAGUCAUUGCAAAACACAUGAAACAGUUCACAUUUGGAUGGCUACGUAAGCAAGUGGAGACAUUUUCAGCAGCCAGAUUGUAAGUGAAAUACAUGAAGAAAAUCACACAAGAGAUAAAUCCUAUAUGUUAUGUGAAUACUCAGCACACCUGAUCACUGUUACAUAUCUGAAAGAGCUCACUGGAUCCUAUGUGUAUUAACAGUGUGAGAAAUAUGGCAAUCCAUGUUUAUUGUUAAAUACAUAGAAGAAGCAGCACUCUUCAGACAGUUUAGAUCUAAGUUUACUUUAAAAGUUCCAAGAAGACCUGAAGAAAUAAUCAAUACAGUAGUUUGAUGUCAAUAUUUCUUCACAAAUUUUCCAGAAACAACAAAUCUGAAGUGGAGCUCUACUCAAGUACACAUUUUGUAUGGUUUUCAGUUAAUCACUUAUACCUCUUUAUUUUUUAAUGUGUCUUUGUGCUUCAACAUGGCAUCUUGUAAUUAAACAUGGUAAAUGAAAUAGGCUUUUCACUUUCAAGUAUGGAUAGUGUCUAUGUACUUAAUAUUUUGUCUUUAAAACUUAAUUUUAUAUUUUUGGUGAAUUAUUUUUAUUAAAAAAAAACCAAAAAUGUAUAGAAAUAAUACAGAAUUUCUGAAAAAUAAACAAUAAGAAGUCACUAGUUGAUUUGUUACAUAUUGUCAUCUUAGAAGUAAUUGUUCAAGUUACAAAAUUAAGCAUAGAAUGUGAUACUCAAAUAAUGACACUGCGAACAUUUUACCUCAGUGAUCCAACAAAAACUUAUUAAUAUGCUUAUAUGUUCUACAAACUUGUUUUUAUCUUAAAGAUCGUAAGAUUAAACAUGACAAAACAAAACAGAACAGUUCAUAAGGAAACAAGUUAAGGAAACACAGGUUUCAAAGCAAGUCCACUGAGAUGUUCAUUGUCUAUCUUACUGUCGCUAGUUUUUUUCCAAAUAGUUGUUCCCAUCUUCACAAGCAUUGAAUAUAUACUUAACAUUAUAGAACUAAUCAAAUAAUUACAGGAUGAUAAAGGCUUUUUUGAUCUUCAAGACUGAUUUUGGGGAAGUUGAUGAUUACCAUAAUGUGUCUCAUUCUCUUCGUAGUAGAUGUCUUUAUUUUAAUGUAUGCUGAAACUGAACAUAAGAGACUAAACUAAUAUACUCUGAACAGUGAAUAAUAGUAUCCUGAGAAGGAGAAAGGUGAGGAAUUGCCUAAAAAAGAAGGCAGAGGACAUUGUUAAAAGUGUAUCAGGAUUUAAAAGCUAUAGUAGUUCUGUUGCUCUGUUUAUUUUGAUUAUAUUUUGUUCUGGUCUGUGUACUCAUAAUAGAUUUGAGGGCACAAAGAUGUAACCCAAAAAUAGCAGGUUAUACCAUGAUGGUAACUGUCCUUAAUUUCCUAUUAACUGAAACUGAAACCCUGUAUUACUUACAUUGUCUUACUAUGACUGAUCUUAUUGGAAGCUGGUUUGUUUGAAUGUUAUUUGGCCUUGACUGAUUUUAUUCACAUUUUUUAUGCUUGCUGGCAUCAAGUCCAAGAGUAGAGAGGCCACUUCUCUGAAGAUGAUAAGAUGUGAAAGAUAUAUAUUGGGUGGCUGGGGAUUUAGCUCAGUGGCUUAAGUUCCUGCCUGGCAAGUGUAAAGUAAUCCGUUUGAUCCCCAGUACCAAAAAAUAAAUAAAAGAUAUAAAUUGAAGUUUAAUUUUUUUUAAAGAGAAUAAAAGAACAUAAGAAACAAAGCAGUAAAGGGUACAAAUCAUGCACAAUUUCAAGAAAAAAAUACAGUAAGAAAUCACUAGUUAAUAGGUUACAUAUUGUCUUCUUAGAAACAAUUGUUCAAAUUAUAAAAUUAAAGCAUAUAAAGUAAACAUUCCUACAGUGUGAUUGCAGAGAGUUCCGUUCAAUGAUCCAACAAAGCUCAGUAGUAUGUUUUUCUCCCUACACACUUAAACAGGCACUUAAAUCUCUUAGACCACCUUCCUUUCCUGUCUUCUUCACCAUAAUACACUUUUGAGGUUUUUUUACUCCCAUAUUUCUUAUUAAUUUUUUUGAAGAGAAUAAAACCUCAAGUGAGUUAACAAAACAGAGUUGGUUAGAACAUAAUGAUGGGCAUAGUACUUGAUGCAAAAAUAGAAUAUCAGCUGAUCAAAAAUGUUUACCAUUGUACCUUUUGCUAUUUUUAAAAAGAAUUGCUAUAUCAUCAGGUAUAAUAGAAUUGAUCAAAACAGUACAGAACAAGACCAAUAAAAUCUACACUGAAGACCUUAUAGGAUUUCAAAAGAGUAUAAUAGUCAAGCCAUAAUGGGCAUCAUAGUAAAUCUUAUUGCCUACAACGUGGUUGCCUAUACCCUCAAACGUGAGACUAUCAAACAAAAUAGAAUAUAGUAAAAUCAGGCAGAACAAGAAAGCAAUACUGGGGUUAAAAAUCAGGUUAAUAGGAAAACAAAACAGUUACUAUAAUAUAUCCCUCAAUUUUUUAAUUUAGUUUUCCUUUAAAAAAAUAGAAUUUUUUUUAAAAAAGGGUGGAGAUCGAGAUAGAAGAGACAUUGUAAUAGAACAACACAGGUCAGAACAGAACAAUUAAAGCAUCAUUUUGUUUUACCACCAGAUAAUCUAACAUAAUAGUAGUCACCAUAGUGCCUCUUUCCUUGAAUUGUUUGAGUAUAACUUCGUAUACUAUAGAAGCAAUCAUAUCAAGACAGUGUGAAGCCAUUCAAGAGAAUGAAAAAAUUACAGCGUAUUUAGAGCCAAUUAACAAAAUGAACAAAGUGAAGAAGAAAAAUAGACAACUGAUGACAGAAAAAUAGAACAACAGAAAUGAGACAGAGAAGGUUCGAUAUAAUUUCUAAUGCAGAUGUCCUAUAUACACUAAAUUAAGGAAAAAAAGAGAGAAUCACAGGCAGAGUGGAUCAAGAAAUAGGGCCAACUGAGAUGCUCUUUAUAGGAAGUAUAAUUGACCUGAAGAAGGGUAUUUGGACCAAAAUUGAAUAUGAGAACAUAGAACUCGAUGUGAUAGGGAAUGAGAGAGUAAUAGGGGCAACUGGACCAGUAUUUAUGGGUAGGUUGGAAAGAAAGGCUUUAAUAAGUAAAGAAAUAUAACUAGAGAUCAAGUCCUGGAGUGAGAAAGUUCAGAAACACUUAGAUAAAUUGCAGGUUGCCCACACAAUAUAAAACCAAGGGUGUUGGGGAGACCCAAAAAUACACAGUACAUCCUGGGGGAGUGAAGGGGAAGAAUAGACUUUAAAAAGACAGAAGAAGAUACUGCUAUAAGUGUAUCAGGAAUUAAAACCCGUAUUACUUGUACCACUCUGUUUAGAUAGAACUUAUUCCAUCCCAGUUUUUAUACAAGCACUAAAUCUGAGGGCACAGACAGCUAUCCCAAAAAUAUGAGGAUAUACCACAUUAAUCAUCUUCAAUUUCCUGUUAACUUAAACCAGAUUCCUCUAUAACUUAUACUGUUAUAUCAUUGCUGAAUUUAUUUAAAUCUGAUUUGUUUGAUUGCUUCUUGUUAUUGACUAUUUAUUCAAAACCGUUAGGUUGAUAGUAUCGUCAGAGUGUAGACAAUUAUACUGAAAAUAGAAAUGACUCUCUAUAUUACCCAUUCUGACUUGAUUAAUAUCUGUUUUAGUAGCUCUACACUAUCUACAAAGUUCUAUUUCUGUUAAUACUGUUAUGCAGUGAUAUAUUCAAUUAUACUUUAUCCGAUGAUAUAGCCAUUUUUAUUGAUCAUAACAAGAGACAACACAGUAACCAUGGUAGAACUCCCUGUACAGCAGUUUUAUAUGUCUUUUUACUUUUAUGUAUCUCUAGGAUUAUGUUUUGCUCUGUCCUGCUUUGUUCUGGUUCUCCCUCUAAUAUAGAAAGAAUAGUAACACAUGUUAAGAUGCAUGCUUCCAUAAAACCUAUCAAUAAUUUAGAAGAACUGAUUUUAUGAUACAUGAUGAAAUGAACAAAUACUUUGAAGGAGAAAAAAGGGGGCUACAGUACCCAGGGCUGGUUCCAUCGUGUCAUGAUGUGAAAUCAAGCAAUACUAUUAAUCUUCAACUAGAGUGAUUUUAAUCUGCUUUGCUUUGUUUCAACUCAACAUAAAUGAAGAUAUGGAUAAAUACAUACAUGAUUAAGUGUAUAGGAUUGACUACCAUAUUACUUAGUUUUUAUUAGAUAGUUGAACAGAACUACUUGAAGUCUCCCUGUUUGAAUUCCCAUUUAUAUGGUCCACUUUUGUAUCUUGAACAAUUAUUUGAAAGAGGACAAUAAAACACACAAAGUAGUGACUUAUUACUGUUUAUUCUUUGAUUUGAAUGUAUGUAUUAUUUAUGCCUGCUUUCUGUUUUGUUUUGUCUUUCUUUAAAUAAAAAUAAAUUUAAAAAUAUAAAUAAAUAAAGUCCCUUAGCAGUUAGAUUGGUGGACCAAGCUCUGAUUGAUAAAUAAGAAAGCAGCUGUCUGGUAACAUUUUUAACCAGUUUUUAUCCAUUGAUUAGAGACCUCAAUGAUCUCCAGAUCACUAUAGGAGACACCUCAAAUAAAUUUAUGAAAUUUAUUCGUAAAUGUUCACAUUGGUCAUUAUCAAAUGAAGUAAUACAUAUUUUUGGUUUGAUGAUGCCUGUAUAAAGGUUUCACAUGGUUAUGACAGUUGAUUUUAAUCAGCUAUAUGAUGUAUUGCAUAUAUUCAUAAUUCUGGAUGCGUAAGACUCCAUGAUUGUAAAAUGGGGAUUACUUAUGGUAACAGAUUUUUGUCUCGUGCACACCUUUGCUGCUCACAAAGACUUGUGAGAUUCACAUUGAACUAAAGAUCAAUAAGUUUUUCAAUAAUAUACAACAAACUUCUUUUGUAUUAGAUAAGGGUGAUUGACUAAAUGGGAUAAUUUAUGUCAAACAAGAAUUUAGAUUACUACAAGAAUUUCGUGAUUGUCGUGAUGCAAUACUAUGUACGGUUCUGAUUCCUGAUAUAUUAUGAAAAAUAUGCAACUGUUAAUACUGUAGGUAUUCAAAUGCUAAAAUGUCCAUGGAUUGAAGACAAUAGGAUUCAUUUAAUGUUCUAAGAUGUUUCAUGUUUAGAUAAAAUAGUAAUAUUACACUUACUGCCUCUAAUAUACUGUAUUGUUAUGAAAAACUUUUUUUGGAUGUUUGACAGCUAAGGUUUGGAAGCCAAAACUUAGAGAAACAGAUGGGCUAAAUGGAUAGCCAAUAUUUUGGCCCCAGCCCUUCAAGGGUGGUGGAGACCCAGGAUAUAAAAUAAUCUCUGAUUGCAUCAUCCUAAGAUAUUCAGUGAGCCCCUAGUUGUCUCAUCAAGGAUAUGAUGAAACCACAGAGGAAAGUCAUCUUCAAUGCAAGGUGUGCCUAAGAAGAGUCACAGGAGAAAAAUCUCCCAAGCUUUCACAGAGAGCAACGUGGUGAAGCAAUGAUUGUGACUCUUCUAAGUGGCGGACACUGACAGAAGAGCCAUGAGGUGUUAUGCAUGGUUCUAAGAUAACUCCUGAGAAGACCUAAGUGACCUUGAAGGAAGCUCUUUUGGCAACUCUUGGAGGUGGACUAAAUGUCUUUUGCAUAAUGGAUGUAUAUGAGUCCUGGGGGCCAGGGGUGGAAUGUCAUGGUUUAUGCCUGUGUCCCCCAGGCCUCAUGAGUUUGCAUUGUGCAUUUAUGAUGGUUCAUUGUCUAGUGUUCGGAUUGAUGGUGUCAGUCCUAAACCCACAUUGGGUGGAGCCAGGAUGUAAUUCAAUGGCAGGAAGAAGGUGUAUCUUGCUUUUUGCUGGUUCCUGUGUGCUUUUUGCAGCUUCCAUGAACUGUGGCCCAGCCAUACCUGCCUGCCUUGGAGCCAACGGAGUGUGAACUGAAACCUGCAAAAACUGUAAGAAAUAAAUCUUUCCUUUCUGAAAUUGGGCUUCAGGUAUUUUGUCUCAGCAACAAGUAAAAAGUAAUUAAGACAGAAUUUGGUACCUAGGAUUGGGGUCUUUUGCUGUGACUAUUCUUGACCAUGUUUUUCGAGAGGCUUUGGAAAUGGCUUGUGGGCAGAGUUUGGAAAGGUUUGGACAUGUCACCUGGAUGCGUAGAGCUGGAGCAGCUUAGGCUGUUCUGUAGAGGGGAUUCUGGUCAGACCUCAGGAGACCAGAAGGCUGAUAGAUGGCUGGAUGAUAAAAACCAGGCUUGGGAGUUUUCUGUUGGGAAGAAGGACUGCAUUGGUUGUUGGACUCCACCUGAUGUGUGUUAUGGCUUGGCAGAAGGUUUGUCUGCAUUUUGCUACUGCCCAGAGACUUUGCUGAGACUGAGACAAAGGGCAAUGGACUGAUUAAUCUUGGAAAAGAAACUAAAAAGCAAUCAAACCUUGAGGCUGUGGCAUGGCUAUUGUUGGGGUCUUUUAGCCAGAUUUAUGUUGCAUUUCAAAAGCAAAGAGAUCAGCAGGAUAGUGUACAAUGCUGUGAGUUUGGCCAGAAGGAAAAUUCCAGGAAGACUGUGGAUUGCAAAGACAGAGUUGAGAUUUUGAUUCCUGAGGAGAAACAGAGAGAUAAGAAAGAUGGCCCAGGGCAUCAUAGGAAGGGGGUCCCCACCCUGUGCAACCUCACUGCAAAAGUGAAAGAAUUUGCUCAGAGGGAAAAGCUACAGAGUGCCAUGUUGUAGAAUGGCAACAGAAGCCACUUGAGGUUCCAGAAUGGUGGCCCCUUUGAGAAGCUUUUCCUCACAAUCAUGUGAACAGAGCACUGCAAUCCAGGCAACUAACCCCUAGGCCAAUAGACAGAAAAGUGUAGGUACUGCUCCAGUCAGCAGCAAACCUUGGUGGCAUCUACAAGGUGCUGAUUUUAGGUGCAAGGAAAAUGCACAAAUUCUGAGGCAAGAUGGCAUCCACCUCAAUUGCAAAGUGCCUGGGAGGCCAAAAGGUGUGUCCCUGAGAGGGCAAUUUGUGAAGACGUAAGGAUGAAACCAAAGGUGCGGUGGAGACUGCAGAUGUUUGGAAAAGGCAAGAAUGUGUUUGAUUCAAGGGAAGCUGCAAAAAGAGAGCAGAGAAGAUUUAAGAGAAAAGCUGCUGGAGUUAAAAUUGCUGGAAAUGCCAUGGGGGUGGAAUUACCCAAGCCUUUUGGAGUUUGCAACCAGAUUGCUUCUGAUGCUGAACAUGGAAUUCUAGGACUUAAUGUUCACCCUGCUGGACUUCUUUUGUUUCCAGUACUUUAUAUUCCCAUUCUUGUAACUUUUGGAAUGGUAAUGUUUACCUUGUACCUUUGCAUUUGGGAAAUGUUUAACCUUGUUUGAUUUGUACAGGGGUUAUGGUUAAGAGUUUGCCUUAGAUCUUGGAGGAGACUUGGUAAUUGGACUGUUCAGGAAUACCGAAACAUAGGACGUUGGCAACUCUUGGAAGUGGACUAAAUGUCUUUUGUAUAAUGGAUAUACAUGAGUCCUGGCGGCCAGGGGUGGAAUGUCAUGGUUUAUGACUGUGUGCCCCAGGCUUCAUGAGUUUGCAUUAUGCAUUUGUGAUGGUUCAUUGUGUAGUACGUCGAUUGAUGGUGUUAGUGCUACACCCACAUAGGGGUGGAGCCAGGAUGUAAUAUAAUGGCAGGAAAAAUGUGUGUCUUGGUUUUUGCUGGUUCCUGCUUGCUGUUUGCUGCUGCCAUGAAAUGUGGCCCAGCCAUGUACACCUGCCUUGGAACCAACUGAGUGUGGACUGAAACCUCCAAAAAAUGAAGAAAUAAACCUUUCCUUUCUCAA